AUGAGUAACACUGAAACUACACCCACCAAAACAAAAAGCAGCAGUAGUAAUAAUAAUAGUAUUAGUAGUAGUAGUAGUAGUAAUGUAGUAAGCAAAAAGCAAAUACCAUCACCAAACGUAGAGUUAUUAGAGAAAUUAGCAGCAACAUCUAUUCCCAUCGCUUUACCACCUUCAUAUAAACCUGAAGCUAAAUAUGAAAAAUAUGUCAACCAAUUAGUAGGUAAAUUUAUUAUGUCUGCUGCAAUGUUUUCAAAAGAUUUUUCAACUCCUAAAAUAAAAAAUAUAGUAUUAGCACAAAAAGGUUUAUUAAUAAAAGUAAAUGAAGCAAUUCAAAUUAUAGAUGGAAUAAAUAAAGGAACUUUACAUCAAGAAUUAAUUAGUAUAUCAGGUUCAAAAUAUAUUAUUACUACAGUUAAACCAAGAAGUUAUUAUGGAUUAAAUACAAAUUUAAAUGUUGGUGGUGGUAUUAUAAUAGUUUCAUUAGAGAAAUAUAUUUUAGUUUCAUUAUAUCCUGCUUCAAUUUUACCCACUGAAUCAAUACCAUAUGUUGAAAAUUAUGUUAUAAAUACAAUUUUAUAA